UUUGUCAAUAUUGAUAAUCGUUUUUACUAAAUUUAGCAGGUCAGGUAUCAAAUGUUAGCACUUUAUCUCAUAUCUUGAGGAUUAAUAAGAAUAAAUUGCAUUUAUUAACUGAAAAUUUAUACUUACUCUGUAAAAUUAAAUUGUAUAGAUUUAAUUGUAUAAAACACUGCACUUGCGGAACCUAACCUCACACACAAAUAUUUUAACUCAAAAUGGCUAAAACUACGGGCAAAGGCGGUAAAGCAAAAUCUAGUGAAAUUUUUGCGGGAUUUCAAAACUUACGCAGCGAACAAAGACAGCUUGCCAAUAAAAUAUCUGAACUAGAGAUGGAUUUAAAUGAGCACAAGAUAGUCAUUGAGACACUACAGGCAGUGGAACCUAGUCGCAAAUGUUUCAGAAUGGUAGGAGGUGUUGUGGUAGAGCGCACCGUUGCAGAAGUAUUACCAGAAUUAGAAGGGAAUAAAGAACGCUUACCACAAGUACUGCAGGCUUUACAUGAGCAGCUAGCGAAAAAAGGACAAGAAAUCAAUGACUAUAUAGAAAAACAUGAUAUCAAGGUUCAAAGGGGCUCAGAGAACGCCAGUGAGGUUCCUCGAGAAGAUGCACCUGCUAAAUCCAAUGUACUUGUUGCAAGCGGCUGAUCAUACGUGGUUAACAAAUUUAAAUACAUUUCUUUCUGUACUAAGAUCACCUUAAUUUUCUUUCAGCAUUUGUAUAAUAAAAUACACCUAAAGAAGUUUGUA